AUGCCUACGAAACGAAUUCAAAAAGUUCAAGGUCCAAGUCUUUAUAAAACAUUUAUUGAUGCUUAUAUGAAAGCUCGACCUGAUGAAAAACAAGCUGUAAAACAUCGUGGUGCUCAAGUUGAAUGGAAUGAAAUAAAAUGUAAUGAAGAAUAUGUUAAAGAAAAAAUUGAAGAAUAUUUAGAAAUAUAUAAUGAAUUUGUUGGAUCUUCUAAUCAAACUUUUGAAUAUCAACCAAAAGUUAAUCGUAGUCGACUAUUAAACAGAGAGCAAUCAAAUGAUACAACAAAUCAAGAUAAUAAUGAUAAUAAAAACGAUGAUGAAGAAUCGAAUGAUUGUGAUGAUUUUGGUAAAAAUAAAGAUGAACAAGAUGAUUAUGAUGAUUUUGAUUAUGAUGAAGAUGAUCAAGAAAAUAAAAAGAAAAAAAAACAAACAAAUAAUAAUAAUAAUAAUAAUAAUAAUAAUAAACGUAAAUUAGCUGAUGAAGAAUUAUUGAAAGAUCUGAAAAAAUUAUCAUCUGUACGUGGUAUUCCAUUAGAACCAUUAUCAACACAAAUAAGACAACCAGCACAAGAACGUGUUUUUAAAGAAUUAAGUGCAAUUAAUGAUCGAAUUGCUUCAUUAAUACAAGUUAAACAAAUGGGUUUAUUAACACCAGAAAAUAGACAACAAUUACAACAAUUAAUGAAAGAUAGAAGAACGAAGGCUUAUGCAUUAAGACGUCUUCAAUUGAAAACAAAAGCUUCAAAUAGAUAUAGAGUUAAACGACGAAAAAUUGUUGAACAUUUAUAUGAAACAAAACCUGAAUUACAUCCACAAUUAAAAAAACUUUAUCGUCCUGGUGGUGGUCGACCACGUAUUGAAGAACAAUGUCCUGAUUUAUUACAAGUAAUUGAAGAAAUUGCAAAAGUUGGUGGAGCAAGUGAUGAUCGAAGACGAUCAUCAACUAUUCGACCUUGUUUAACAUUAGAUGAUUUAAGAGACAAACUUAAACAAAGAGGUUAUGAUAUUAAACGAACAACACUUUAUUAUCGUCUGUUACCUCAUCGUGCAUCAUCAAGAGAUGGUCGUCGUCAUGUUAAUACUGCUCCAGUUCGUCUUCGUCGUGCUCAAAAUGAUGAUCAUGGAAAACAUGAAGAUGGUCAUUUUGCUACAGCAACAAUACGUUAUAUGAAAGAUUUAGCUUCAAUAUUUGGCAAUGAUUGUGUUUUUUAUUUAUCUCAAGAUGAUAAAUGUAAAGUUCCAUUAGGUUUACCUGCAGCUAGAGUUCAAGCACCAUUAUUAAUGCAUUUGGAUUAUCGAAUAAGUUUACCAGAUCAUGAUUGGGUAGUUGCACCUCGACAUCAAUUAAUACCAAGUGUAUAUGCAGCAUGUCUUUUAUCUCAAGAUGGAGAUAUAGGUUAUUCAGGUCCAACAUAUAUAGCUGUACGUUCAGCUAGACAUGAUCUAUCAACUGCUGAUUCUCAUGCAACAGAUUUUGAUCGACUUGUUUCUUUGAAAGAAUUUGAAAAAGUAGCACGUGAUGAAACUGGACAAGUUAAACCAAUUGUUAUUGUUACUGUUGAUGGUGGUCCUGAUGAAAAUCCACGUUUUCCAAAAACACUUGUUUCAAGUAUUAGAAAAUUUAAAAAGUAUAAUCUAGAUGCAUUUUUUGUUCUUACACAUGCUCCUGGUCAAUCAGCCUAUAAUAUAGUUGAAAGUCGUAUGGCUCCAUUAUCUCAUGAUUUAGCUGGUCUUAUAUUACCACAUGAUCAUUUUGGUUCACAUUUAAAUGAUUCAGGUGUAACAAUAAAUGUUGAUUUAGAAAAAAUAAAUUUUCGUAAAGCUGGACAAAUGUUAGCUGAAAGAUGGUGUAAAUCUAUUAUUGAUGGAUUUCCAUGUUUUGCUGAAUAUAUUAAUCCACCAGCGACAUCAGAAGAACAACGUCGACAAACUGAUAUUAAAAUUGUUAUGGAUGAACUUUUACGAAAAAUUUGUGCUGAAGAAGAAACAGAAGAAGGACAUGAAUUUCGUGUUCAUGCAGCAGAUGAAUAUUAUCAAGAAAAUGCUCGUAUGCCAAGAGAAAACACAGGUGAACAACCAAAAUAUGAUAUUGAUGAAUAUUGGUGUGCUAUGCAUGUUUUACAAACACAAUAUACUUUACAAAUUGUUCGUUGUAAUUCAAUUGAAUGUUGUGGUCCAUGGCGUUCAAAUUAUGUUCGAGUAUUUCCUCAUCGAUUUUUACCAUCACCUGUACCAUUUGAACGUACAGCAUAUGGUAUUAGAAUGGCAGAAAAAGAUUAUCAAAAAGGACAAUUUUAUGGAUCAUUAUUUCAACGAAUUCAAUUUCAUGGUAUUGUUAUUCAACAUACACAGAAUGACAUGUUACCAUUUGAUUAUUGUUGUUCAUCAGUAAAAAAAGAAAUAAAAAAGCGUAUAUGUAAAAUAUGUAAUCAAUACAUUCCGUCAGCAUAUCGUAUGAAAAAUCAUUAUAAAAUUCAUGCACAACAUCAUGAAGAUUUUGACCAUAAUGAAGAUGAUACAUUACCACCACUACCACCACCACCAUCACCAUCACCACCAACAACAACAACAGCUGAUAUAAUAAUAAAUUCAAAUGAAAGUCAAUUAACAACAACAGCAGCAUCUGUACUUAAAACAGAAAUGUUAGACUGGCUUCAAUCAGAUUUCGAUGACUGUGAUGUAGAUCCAACAGCAAUUCAACUUGAAAGUGAUACUGUUACAUGUUCGAUGACAAAAUUGUGUGUUGAAGAAAAUAGAUGA